ACGAUGCAUCCAAACGUACGAGCUCGAUGUGAAAUAUUUGGACUGCAAACUGUCUUCAGUUUGGCAAAAUUUAGGGGAAGAAAAAUGCCGCUUGAGUGACAUUACACUUACUGCACGUGUCAUGGGUCUGGACACAUUUAUUAACGAACAAACAGGAUUCACGUUGGUCAGUAAGCCUAUGCCUACGCUGCGGCUAUAUGUGCGGUCCAGGGCAACAUGUGUCAGGCAACUGCUUGUGCCAGCUAUUCAGGUCCACAGCUGUUUCUGGAAACGGAUGGGUCAACAGCGUACACAGACGGAGGAAGCUUAUUUAAGGCAAUGUGAAAACAGCCACAGAACAAGAACAAGCUGUGCAGUUUGCACGAAACGGGCCACCCUGAGCAUGAAGACGAUUCUGUUACUUUCGCUGACUUUACUCAUAGUGGAGGCACGGCUGGAGUGGUUUUCCUGGGACUGGAAUGUCACACUAGCCGGCGGACCGCACGGUUACGAGGGACGGCUGGAGAUGAGACCACCAGAUGACAUAUGGGGCACGGUUUGUGACAGAAACAGCACCGCGGUGGCGCAUGCUUGCCCUCUGGCGGUAGUGCGCGGCAUCUGCUCUCGAAUGGGGUUCCUCGCUCCCUACAGCCUCAGCUAUGCGGGCGAGAGGUUCGGCAAGGCUGACAAACCAAUAUGGUCUCAGGGUUUCACGUGCACCUAUGAAAAGCCCGGCGACCUGUGCUCAUUUGCUGCUUGGUCUCUGCAUCCGACCAGCUGUGACCACAGUUCCGACUUGGCACUUCUCUGCAUUCCACCUACGUUUCGGCUAUCUGCUGGGUGUUCUCCCCGCGAGGGCCGGGUAGAGGUAAGCGUCGGCACGGCAGGUUGGGCCUGGCUAGCAAGGUGCCGCCCACAGGACCAACAAGCCGAUAUCGACGGUGACCUUUAUGAAGCCGAUCUGAUUUGCCGGCAUUUCGGAUAUAAGCUAGCCCUCGGUCUAGGCGGAGUGUGUACAAACGAGACUCGGGAACCUACACUCCAACUGAUGACCACAAGAUGUGGAUAUGCGUAUCAUUCGUGGACAGAGUGUCUGAGGCAUACGCUGAUGGACAGCAGCUGCGAAAACAGAACGCCCUCUUGUGCUGGAACUUUCAAGGAGGUCAUGUGCGCCAGCGAUGAAGAAAUGGUUGCCAUCAGUAACACCCGUCUCUAUGGAUUGAAUGUCAGUGUUCGUCUUGUUGACGGUCUUAACGACCGAGAAGGCAUUCUGGAGUUGCAGUUCAACGGGACUGGUUGGGGGCCAGCCUGCCUCCAUGAUGGCAAUCCCUCGCAGAGACUGGCUAAAGACGUUUGUUAUCGCAUCGGCGCGUCCUGCUUGAUCAAGUCCCACUUCCUAUCGGCCGAAAAACGCGGCAAAGCGGUGGAAUACCUGUUACGAAAGAAACACCAGGGAUCCUUUUUCUGGUUCCGACUGCAAAAUCAAUGCUGGAGAACGGGUGGCCACUACAUGCGUAUAUCUUGCAGUUUAGAAAUAACAAUGCAUGGUCUGGCGGGAAGCGAAAGCAUUACACCAGAACAGACUUGUGUAGGGCGCUGCGGAGAAAGAUCAUCCCCGGUCCAGUGUGGUUGUGACGUCAUUGAGACUUUUCAAGACUGUUGCUAUGACGUCGCCAGAGAGUGUUCGACGUCCCUGGAGUGGCUGAGCAGCAACUACACUAGGCAUGACCCCGAUCUCUUCCUGCUACUACUGGACAACCUCCGCUACUACCAAUGCUGGUCCCUAGAUUCGAGUCAGAAUUUGAAAUAUCAACUGGUGAGCGAGUGUCCAGAUUCCUGGGGAGAAGAUGAAGUAAGACGGGCAUGCCUCCUCCCCUCCAAUGUGAAUCCUGUUCUCUAUCGGUCGCUGGUGCCCUUCAAGAAUGUGGCGUGUGCUAUCUGUCAUGGAGCUACAGCUGCUUCAUCCUUCGACUCCAAUGCAACUAAAGUACCCAAUGAAUUCCUACUUCCAGUACCCUUAUUUGACUAUGAGAAAACGUUGCGACUGUGUCCUUCUACGAUUGGCACUUGUCCAACGUACGCAUACGGCUACACGGAAGCCUGUGAAUCGUACAUGGCACCGCAUAAAAAUUUCAAAAACCCACAUUGCGCGAAGUGCAAUUUAGGACAAUCAUAUGAGGGAGUGUGUGAUGAUAACCAAGGACAAAGUGUAAUGGAGGGCUUGAUGCUGAUUCACAAGCAAUUUCCAAGUGUCACUCCACAACGAGUAAAUCACCACACCGUUACAGUAGAUCCAGCAGAUCUUAGCACAAGGAUGUUUACAACACACCUACAUGUUACUGCUGCCAACGAGGGCGCCCAAAACACCAAUGAAAGCAUUCGCUCUGGAGUGGACUCUGCAAAAUGUCUGCUGCAAGCCAUUGGUUAUUCCAAUCUUGGCCUGGCGCUACACUUCCUCCCCUCUCUCCAGCAACUGUUAAAAUCAGAAUUAGUUUACGAAACCGUUGACACUGCCUUCUCCCUGACAACCUCUUACUUGGAAAGUACAAGUCAACUUGAAGGGGUGUUGGAUGACGUCUUGAGCCUGGAGAGAAUCAGGCCUGGGACGGACUGGGUGGGUCGCUGUAAUUUGGCAGAGGUCCUGGUGAGUGAUAAAUCUAAUCUACAGAUGACACCAAACAGUAACACUAGCAGCAGUGGUGAUGUGGACUGUUUUGAUGUCAAUCGCGUGAAUGUGACACCGGUCAAUAUCAGCGGGAACUUAUUCCUCUUCAUCGCCAGUGCUCCUACACUCGUUAGCUCAACAUAUCGAAAUACAUCCAUAGUGUACCAAGUCCGAGCAGAAACUACAGAGAAAUUCAAACUUGUGAACUAUUGUGGGAUAAAAGAAAACAACAUAACAUGUGAAAUUCAAGCUAAAGGAAACGAGAAGAUCCAUGACCCAGAUGUGCCCACCGAAGUGACUUUACUGAGUGGUGAAACUCUUAUUUGUUUCUCAACGAUCCGUGGUUCAACCACAGGGGAUCCUUUUUCCUUUGAUGACCCGGCACAGGUUCUCAACGUAGUGGCGUUCAGUUUGUCUAUGGCCGGGAUAUUGGCCACUCUGAUUACCUACGGCGUUUUUCCAACUCUGAGAAACGUACCUGGUCUGGCAAUCAUGAGCUUGUCUCUUGCUAUCUUGGCUGGUCAACUCUUGGCAAUCCUAUCCACAGUGGUCAUCGGUCCUUCUGACGGUGCGCUCUGCAUCACCGUAGCGGUCGUCAGUCACUACAUGUGGCUGGCUACCUUUGCAUGGAUGGCGGUCAUGUCUUGGGACUUGAUGCGAACCUUCACCACCACAACAUCAGCCAAAACCGCAGAGAGCAGGAGUAGGUUUCUCCGCCUGUGUUUGAUCGGCUGGUGUGCACCGCUUCUGUUCGUGACCCCCAACCUAAUUUUACACUUCACCAGCAACCGCACCCGUCUGGUUUUCGGCUACGGCGGUCAGGUUUCCUGUUGGUUGGUAGGACGCGGGUCUGCGUACGUCAUGUUCUAUGCACCAAUUGCGCUUUGCAUCUGCUUCAACGUGGCGUGUUUCGCUUGCACUAUCCGAGGUAUCCGAGCAAGCAAGAAAGCUUCCACCAUUUUGAGCAAGAAAGGAUCCAGGGCCAAGGCAGUGUGGCAGGAGCUCGUCGUCUACUUAAAGAUAUCAAGUUUGAUGAGUUUCGCCUGGAUCCUUGGGUUCGUCACUAUGGCAACGGGAUUGGUCGUCUUUCGGUAUCUGUUCAUCAUCUUUUGCUCCCUGCAGGGUGUCUUUGUGUUCCUAUCCUUUGCUUUCAGUCGCCAAGCGAGGACACUGUGGCGAAAAAAGCUUGUUCGACCAGCCGUGGCCACCGCUAGAGGUCCAUACCUCUCGAACGCACAAACAACUCCAGUCACAAAAACUACUUCUCUGGGGUAACCGGAAGAGGUCGAUGUGUUGACGCACCGAUUCACUGCAUGACAGUGAUAGAUGCAUUUUGCGCCCGCCCCACUAGAUUUCUUUAACAACACCUGCGGACACUGCUGUAAUUCAAGGCAGUGAUGCCAUUCCGACACGUAAGAAUGGCAGUAUUCAGAGAACAAGAAUAGACUUAGAGACCAUGGCUAGUUACAGUAACUUUGAUAUAAAAACUCGGUUGCCUCAUUCUCUUCUUUUAAAACAUUUACCUCACAAAAUAUUGAUUUGAUUUAUCUGCAUGGGCCGAAAAACAAAGCCAAUGGAAAUGUUACGUUUUCACCUCUGCUGAGACGUUCGUCUCUGUUUAUGAAUGCGGCCGUUCAAAUGCACAUAACGUGAGGUGUUGAUUUGUAACCAAAACGUUGCAAAGGGAACACCGGCAUGUGGCUAUAGCUUUUAUAGACCCACACAUAAACAACUGUAAAUAUGCUAAACUAUGACUAAUAUGAAUGUAUCUACAGCGUAACUGUUGACCUUUGGACAAGGGUACAUAGAGUACAAAGAGUACAAAGAAUUGGGUAGGUAGUGAAUAUGGCUGCGUGUGUUUGACAUAAAAUUAGCUUAAAAUACAAUAUUUCUAGCGAAUAGUAUUAUAAAAGUAUGACUAAAUUAUGAUUCACAAAAUGGCGUCGUGGGCGUGAUCGUUUUGUGCUUGAAUUUCAGUUGUAAACUCCAGUGUAUUUGUCUACGCCGUAUUUGAAUUUUACAAAUGGAAGCUCUUACAAAAAUACGGUAAUUUGAAAAUAAACGCCCGGUCGGCAAAACCUUCUUAGAGGCCGUAUUCUGCAGACAAAAAGGCAAGCAAGCAUUCUACUGACAAAACUAUCAAUGUGGCUGAUUCAUUUUGGCUUGGCCCAUUUUCCCCUAAUGAUUUAAUAUAUCUUGGUUUACAAGAUUUGGAGCGGUUUACCCCUGAUUUCUGAACCAUUAUUAACUCCCCCAUAAAAGAUCUGUUAUCUUAAAAGUAGUAACCCCCUAGGGAAUUAGAAGGAACUGCACAGUACCCCACUGAACAAAACUGCACCUUUCACAUCCCGUGACCACUCAUUUGCCAGGCCAGCCGCAAGUUGGAAAGAGACAGGUUUUUCGCCCUCCGGUCUCAACCCCUGUGCAUGCCAACAAUGGCUACAAGCAAUGGCUGCGUGCACUGUUUGACAUGCACAAGGGUUUAUCCACUACGAACACAGGGCGAGGGUUCCCCUCGUUUUCUCUGAAUAACACAAU